AUGCGAGUCUUCCAUCGAUUUCCAGCUUAUACUGCCAUACAUCCUUUGAAUGAAGCUGCUAAUGAAACUUACAGAAAGCAAGGAAAAAGCUGUUACGAAAUACCCAUUACUAAAGAACUGGAAAUUGCCGAUGUAAUUCUUAUUAGCGGACUUUCUUACAAAGAAGGGAUUGAUGUUGUAUUGCUUCGAGAAAAAGGAGGUGAUGUUCUCUUGAACUUGACAGAAUUCAUGUCUGAUUCACCAUUUUAUGAGAUAGCCAAAAAAGUGGACUUGCUGAAAUCACAGAGGGGAAUUUUUGGUAAAAUCCGACUCGAUGUCAGUAUUGGUGUUGUAAUUGGAGACUAUCACUAUAAGAUCUACGUUAAUGAUGUGCACGCUGGGGAUGUCUUCAAAGAGUGCAAUGGCAAACCGUGUAAUCUUCCAAAACACCUAACAGUAUGUUCACAGCGGUCCUUUCUGGGUAUGGCAGAAAAAAACGUCCAAAAUGCUCGUAAGCGCUGUAUUGCGGCUCAUGGAGACCUGCCGCCGUUUGAUAAACUCAUCGAAAAAGAGCUCCUCGACAGUAGGUGUAGGGACUUUUAA